CAAAAACACCAUGGAUCCACUGUCCAUCAGUACAAGUGUAUUCGCGAUCGCAACUCUAGCUGCCCAAACAUGCUCCGCUUUUUCAGACCUGCGGUCCCUUUGUCAAAAUUUACCCGGUCGGCUUCAUGCGGUAAACAAUGAGGUAGCCGACCUGAACUAUGUUCUUUUUCAGAUUUCCUUACUCGUAAACGACCGGGCUUGUUUACCGGAAAGCAAGCUUUCCGCUAUCCCGCAUAUUCUAAAACAGGCUGAUAACAAGCUGGCUGAGAUAAGGGAUAUCGUCAAUCAGCUAAACGCGGCAUGUCGCGCCUCGCGAGUCUCCAUCUUCCGGGCGCACGCGUGGCGCAAAGAACAAGGCAGAUUGCAGGCACUCCAGGAAGAUAUCAGGACCGUCAAGGCAAACUUGAAUAUCAUUCUUGGUGCCUCAAACUCACAAGACAUGAUGAAGAUACGACUAGACAUAGAGGCAAUCUCUACUGUCGCACUGGAAUCUUCACAUCAGCAAGUUGCCUUGAAGGACUGUUUUCUCAGGGGUCUUGCCGCAGUUGAUGAGCGUAUCGCUCGAGUCGAAGAGAUGCUUCAAUCACAAGCAAGUCAAGUCCAAGCUAGCCAACUAAAGCAAGUGGGCUCGACAUACGACAUGUCUACUGGUCGGAAAGAAAGGCCAUCACCGUAUACAAAGGAGGUCUACACGACACCAACUCAACCAGAAGCUGUGGGAGUUCGUGUCACGCCAUUUGUCGUAACAUGCCGGUCGGGAUGCCCGUGCGCUUGUCACUUGCAGCAAAAGUCGAGUAGUCCAGCCCUGUUAAAUCGUGUCCUCGGAAGGCUGUUCGUGGGCUAUGCUGGGCUGCCACUUUUCAGCCCGAAGUGUAGCGUUACUACGUGCCGGAAGUCACGCGCCAGCCAAGUGAAUAUGGAAUAUUGGUUUCCGUUGGGCUUUUUGUCAUCGGCGAUUGUGCGUCUUCAGAUUGGUUAUCAGCCCAAUAUUGGGACUUUGUUGCAAUUGGACACCAUGAGACGAGUCCCCGAUACGGCACAGUGUGUUAGCUUUGCACUAAAUGGCGAUAUUGAUGGCCUAAAGUAUCUCUUCGACAAGGGACUGGCUUCUCCUCGUGAUGUCAGCACUACUCGAGGGUACUCCGUUCUGCGAUGGGCUCUUUAUGGAAAGCAAUAUGAAACCUGCAAGUUCCUAAUACAUGCAGGUGCCGAUGCGGAUUAUCGACCAAUUGCAGCAAGUGACAAUAGCCCACGGAAUAAGGCGUGUCACUUUCUUCUGGAAGGUGGACUUUCGGACGCUGCCUCCGACGCACUCCAUACUAUUACAAAGGGCGGCUAUUAUGAAGACUUUAUUGAUGACGCUGGAUAUACAAAGACUCAUAAGAUUGUCCUGGGUUUGUCAAUGCACAAUCUUGAGGAUGAAAUUGCUCAGAACCCAGGCGACAUCAAUAUACCAGAUGCAAUGGGUCGCACACCGUUAGCAUGGGCAGCCGCCAAAGGGGACACUCGUGCAAUCGUCACCUUGCUGAGCCACGGUGCAGAUCCAAACAUUAUGGAUGUUCAAUUAUCUGGUCCCCUGUCGAAUGCCGCAUCACAGGGCCACACCGUCGCCGUUCGCCUAUUGCUAGAAGCCGGCGCACUUACGGACUUUCAAAAACCCGGGUGUGAAAAGAAGGGUAGCCCUCUCAAUUGUGCGGCUCGCAAUGCCACUGACGUUUUACUUCUCAAGAGUCUGCUAGACUUUGGCGCGGAUGUGGACUCGAGUGGAACGGAUGGCAAGACCUCACUCAUCCACGCGGCGCGGACCGACAACGCUAGCUUCGCCAUGCUAUUACUCGAAUACGGUGCGAACAUUAACGCUCUUUCCGCCGAUGGAUCGAGUCCUCUAACCACCGCGAUCACAUAUAACAGCCACAAUGUUCUACGGCUGAUUCUGGAUCGAUGGCACGAGUAUUCUGUCUGUCCGCGGCUGAAGGGACCGCAUCUACUACAGAUCGCUGCACUCUAUGCAGAUCUGGAAACGAUUCGCAUUCUGGCGGCCACUGAUCAUUUCCGUAUGAAAUAUGACAAACAGUAUACACUGGGAGAUUUCGGUAAUCGUUUACGUCAACGACCCGACCUGACAGAGGACCUUGCCUUUGCAUUUGACGACUUAUUGAGUAUCAUUAACCAGAUGCCAACUGAGGGAGAGAGCUCAGUGAGGCUAAUGGAAUCUGGCUUUAUCCCGUGUCUCUCCUUGCGUGUUAAUUCUGACCUGAGUGAGUCAUAUAAAGAGCCCAAUAGUGGCUCUAGCUCUGAUGGGUGCUUUUGGGACGCGCCCGAGGGACUUUCUCCUGCUACGGAUAAUAUGCCCUUGCUGGAGAAGGUACCCGUGGUGUGACAACGGUCGGUAUGCGGGUGGAAGAGACUGUUUCAUUGUAAUGAGUGAUGAUUUUUUUCUAAACUGCCAUCGAUUUAAUUAUUGAUCAUAGCUAGCUGAUUGACGACCAAGUUGAUAACGUAAUACCAGACUCUCGUUGCAUGGCUUGUUCAAAACUUUGAAAUCACGGCGCCCGCGGGAUGUUUCACAGCUUAUACGUAUGUUACUGACCAUGAUGGGUUACAGCCGGGCACUUAAGCCUAUACUCGCGGGCUCUUUUCGUCCGAAAUCGCGAUAAUAAGUCCGAACAGUUUCGGCAAUCUUAGGAUUGUUCGCUGCCAUCUGAUCCAUGGUAGUUCGAAGAUGCUCCGUUCGUCCUAACAGCUGUCUGUCCAUGUGAACUGUCGUGAAAAGCUGUAGAUCCGCGCAGUCUCUGUUCCGGACUAACUCCUCACUAAUCGCCAGAGUUCGAUCCUCGGAGAAGCAGAAUGAACUUCCAAACGCCACCCAGAGUCGAGAAAUCCGAUGCUGAUUGGGUGUUUUCCAGUUUUCGUAUUUUCAUGUACGCUUCAACUUCCACGGGAUCUGACGAAGCUGCAUAAUCGACUCCCACCACUCGAGAUAUUUCAUCCGCGCUCGUUCUCCGCUUACUGCAUGGACGCAACCGGUUGUUCCGACAGCUAGAUGGCUGAGAAGGCGAUCUGCAACAACGUCGACCGGGACUUCGUCCAUAUGGAUCUCGGCAUCGGGAUUCGGGCUUCGGGUCGUGAUCCUCAUUUCUGGAUCUGUGCUCAAGAGAAUUGCCGCUGCGGCUGACGUCGAUGGUGUCGAGCUUGGAACGCAGUAUCCGGGGUAGGGAACCUUUUGUGCUGGGCCAACGAUCGAGGGUCGGAUGAUGAGCAACGUUCCUGCUGUGCUGGCGUCACCGAACCAUUGGGACAAUAGUCUCUCGGUGAGAUGCUUUGCAUAGGCGUAUGCCCAUGGAUAGUCCUCUGCUUCGUAUACCCAGCUGGUGCCAAUAUUUUGCACGUCCUUCCACUCGGUCAGAGCGGUGUCUUGCUGGCAAGGAUUGUAGACCUUCUCGUAAAUUGGGACGUCGAUUGCUUCGCUGCGAGGACCUAGGUGUGCGUUUGCAUAUGCACUCGAAACGUAGACAAAGCGAGUCAAGGCCCGACAUGUGAGGGCAAACUUGGCUACUGUUUCUGUGGCUCUGAUAACCGUCGGUGUUAGGGUGGUUAGGUUGGACGUGAGGUUGAUUGAAGAUGCCGCAUGGAUAACGAUCUGCACAUCUUGUCGAACAAUAUCGACCUGGGAGUCGGAUAAUCCGACAUGUGGCUUGGUUAUGUCGCCAUCCAGAACGAUAAGACGGUCCGAUUCGCAGAGUCUGUCUGCGAAUGGCGUUGGCAGCAAUUUCCGCCAUUUAGAAUAGAGGGCUCUAACACAUGUAACCGUUAGUCUUGCUGCAUCAAGCAAGUAUCUUGAACAGAAAACUGACCCUCGUCCUCCCCUGCACAGUAAGUAAAUAGGAGAAGCGGUCGUGCGAGUCACUAGCCGAUAUACAAUGGCCGUCCCCAGAAGCCAGAUCCUCCGGUGAUUAAGACGCAUUUAUCAUCAAAAUAAUCCCACAUUUUGGCAACCUUCGAUGUUCCAGGGCGUUCAGAACGUGCGCUAUUUGUAAACAAAACUUUCGGAC